GAGACGCGACCCGAACCCGACGAUCCCGGGCUCCUGCCUGCUGCUGUGCUCAACAGUCGUUUGCUAUGCCGCAUGGAGGAAACGUAGCGAAUUUAUGACACGUACAAGCGGAAACAAUAGCCGUUUAUGGGAAAAGUCCCGUAAAUGCCUCUAGAGUAUGUGAUAACGUUUUGUGCGUUCAGUUUCAUUCAUAAAAAGGUUCUUAAAUUGUGUGCGCUGCCUUAAUUCAGUGACUGACAGCCGCUCACUUCAGUUUGUGGAUAAUACCAGUUGUUUUCGUUAUAGACCUAAACGCGAGUUGGAGAUGAAUAAGCCGGUGUUUCUCUCACGGAAGGACCACCGAAAUUGUUGCGAGAGACAGUUCGGAAGAUACAAGUUUUUUCGUUGGUGGUAAAUUGAGAGUUUGCUUGCCGAAGGAAUUUCCUCGACUUGUGGAGGUAACGUAACAUUAAGUGCAGAAGAGUUGAGUUUGGUGAAGUGCUGUCGGUAUAAGCGGAGCAGUGGCGUGCUGUCGCGAUGGAAGCGGCAGGGAGCUAGCGGCUGAGAAUGGCGGAAGACGUCGUGGCGGCCGACAACAGUGCGGACUUUGUGCUCUGGUCGCCCGCGUCUUCCGUAGGGCCGUAUGCGGUGCUCCAAGUCGUAGGGGCAGUGACGAUUCUUAUCAGGAACUUACUGCCCCUCCACCGGAGGAGGAACGAAUUCCACAAAACGUAGAGGGAGUAACCAUCGAUACUACGGAUCAAAGCGCCCUUUAUAUCAAGAUGGUUGCUCCGGUUGAAGUGCCAGUAUCACAGCGGCGGUUUUCUGCCGAAGACUGGGUGCUAUUGGACGCAAUGGGAUCAAUUCCACUUCCAACCUGUACAGGGCGAUUCCUCACUAUGCAUAAACGUAGACGUAAAAAACUCACAACACGUUCACUCAAUCAGGAUCAUGCAAUUUUAGAUGACAUUUUCCAUGGCCAAGUUCAGCAUAUCUUAAAUACAUGUGGUUUGUGGGGGUUUAAUGCUUUUACUUUGGAGACCGUGACCGGCGGCCGAUCACUGCCAGUUCUUUGUGUUCACUUAUUCCACUGGUACGGACUCCUCGAUCACUUCCAAUUAGAUGUAGUACGAGUAUGGAAACUUUUUUCCCUUAUAGAAGAAGGUUACCAUAGUACAAAUCCGUAUCACAAUUCCAUACACGCGACCGAUGUAACUCAAGCAAUGCAUUGCUUCCUGCAGGAACAAAAGAUUAAAGAACACUUACAACCGCUGGAAGUAAUGGCUGCAUUAAUCGGUGCUGUUGCACAUGAUCUUGAUCAUCCAGGGGUUAAUCAACAUUUUCUCAUUUCAACUUCAAAUCAUCUUGCAAUUUUAUAUGACAACAUGUCAGUUUUAGAAAAUCAUCAUUGGAGAUCGGCUGUUGGCUGUUUAUUAGAAAGCGGAGUAGCUCAACAAUUAACACCAUGUAGAAACGAAUUAGAAAAUCAGAUUCGAUCACUUAUUUUAGCUACUGAUAUCAAUCGGCAACAGGAAUUUUUAAUAAAAUUUAAGAAACACUUAGAUGAUGGUACAUUGGAUCUAAAAAAUCCAGAAAAUCGUCACUUUGUGUUACAAAUAGCCUUAAAGUGUGCUGAUAUUUCAAAUCCAACACGUCCAUGGGACAUCUCACACAAGUGGAGCUUAAAAGUCUGUGACGAAUUCUUUCGCCAAGGGGAAUUUGAACGAAAACUGAAUCUUCCAGUUACUUCCAUUUGCGAUCAACAAUCUACUUCGGUUGCCAAAAUUCAAUCAGGAUUUUAUCGUUUUGUUGUUACACCUUUAUAUUCAGAGUGGCAUAGAUUUCUAAGCAGUUCACUUUCAAAUCACAUGAUCAAUUUAUUGAACUUUAAUCGUAAAAAGUGGGAGGCUGAAGAAGCCGCUGAGCAAGCAGAGGAAACGCAAACUGAGCUCUCUGACGCAGAACCUGAACGAGAUGUUAGUGAAGAGGAGGAGCCGAGUAAGGCUACGUCGGAUACGCCCACGAUUAUUGAUUUUAUUCCUCCACCAUCAAAGGAGAUAAGGAGGCAGUCACUUGCAGUACCAACUGUAGAGAGUGCUUUAGGUGUGCGUAGACACUCGGUACCUGUCAAUAUGGAGCAACCUCCGAUACCUCGCACGAUUUAUCGAAGGGAAAGCUUACCGGCGAACAGGAACAUUCCAACACCAUCUGGGCGAUCGACAGUCAGUCCAGUUCUCACAGACUCGAGAACCUCAAGUGAGCACCUUCGCGAAGAAGAUGAACUAAUGAAGUUUGGAUCGCAAUCUUCGAUUCUAUCGUGGAGCAGCGGUGGACAACAAAAAUCUUCAGACGAUCAAGAGCGCCCUCUUAGUGCUGAAAAUCUUUUACCCGAACCAAAUAUCGCAUCCAUGACAAGUAGUAUUGCAGCAGGGCGACUCUCCUCCGUUCUUCACGGUACAAGUAUCGGCCCCCCUUCGAAGGCCUUAACCAGGCAACAAACGUUUCCGCCUCCCCAACCGUACGUCAGAGUGCGGUAUAUGUCCGCAACCGUCGAAAUGUCCACCUGCACCGAAACUCCUCACGAAGGUGAAAGUGGAUCUAACUCAUCUCACAGCUCGCAAGAAAACAUAUCAUCAGCCAUUCCUCAGUAUAGUAUACCUUCCAUAGCUGUUUUAAGCCCUAAUAACAGUCAACCUCCCGAACUACUAGUACCUGAUAUUCUACCUUCGGUAAGGCCUUGUAUCUCUAAUAAUAAGCGCGAGCAAGAAAACGCCGAAAAAGAGAAGGCGUCCAAAAUACCCAAAUUGGCGGAAACGGAUCAACGGUUCGAAAAAGAGAAUGUUGAUCCAAGACUGUUAGCGGCUAACGCUAAUUUGGCCAAAAGAAGAGCAUCGGCUCCAGUCUCGUUUACAACGGUUACAUCUGUCGAAAAUUCACACCCCGCAGGCGGGGCUUUACGUUCUCCGGAUAUAAUCGAGUUUCGGCGAGGAUCUGUUCCUGUUGAGAUAGCAUGUCAUCGUAUAGACGUCGAUAACCGUGUCGAAACUACCGAUACAACCAAUUAUGAGUAUCCACGUAGAGGAUCUGCUCCGACGGAUUUGCCGCCGUUGCGAUCAAACGAGCGGCAAAACUUAUUAACGCGACAUGUUAGUCUUAAUGGUAAAUCUAGUCGUAGAAAAAAACAACUACGCAGGCGUAGUUCAGGCGGGCCUGAAACUGUUUGUUUGCCGGAAACUUCUUCGGAGUCUUGUUCUCGUCUUUUACUGCUCCGUCAAACUGAUCAUUCUGACGCGCUGCUGGGUCGGCGCCGAGGUUCACUGCCUAUUGAAGUUUUGACGGUGGGACACUCAGUGUGUUGACGGUGGCUUCUUAUGCCGUUAGUGCAACGGACAUCACCGUCCAAUGUGCAAUAAGGACCAACACUCACUGACUGACGCAUCUUACAUCUUCAUUAGUUAGUUCAUUGUGUAUAAUCACAGUUAAAGAAAAAAGCCAAAUAAUCAUAAAUGUCGUAGUUAGUCGUCAUCUGGCUGUUAGAAAAAUUUUCUUUUUUUUUGUUAACGUAUUGAGUGUGACAAUAGUAGUAUUUUUAUUUAAUUUAUUUUUAAUUAAGGCGUUUAUUUGAUUUUAUAAAUCAGCACUUUACUUUAUAUACAUUGCAGGUAUAUUUUAAUUUUUUAGUGGUAAGAGUUGUUAAGUUUGGUAUAUUUCCUUACGUGUGCAAUUUUUGCAGUGAUUUUAUCAAAAUCAAACGUAUCUGAUAUCUUUGUAAUGAAACGACUGUUGUAAACCCCGUUAGAAUGUUUACUAUAUGUUUAAAUACAGUUACGACGCGUGGUUGCAGAGAUGCAUGUAAUAAAAAAUAUAAAGGUCUCUGCAUCUAUGUUGUGUUCACGUAUACCACACCCUAUGUGACAUUACUCAAUAAUAACUGUUUCAAUGUGAUUCAUUUUGUAUUGUGCUGUAAGCUGUGUGUAUUGUAGUAGAAAUUUGCAGUGGUAACUGUUGAAUUAAUUACAAUUUCAUUUUUGGUUACUUAGCAAAUUUAGUGCAUUAAGCGAAUUUUUGCGAGCAAACUAUCUAUGCACGAAUAGUAUCUAUUACUCAUACUACUAAUUACGUUUAUAAUCCAAUGUGACCUGAUACUCGACUGACUCAACUCUUCUGUUUCGCUCAUUUUUCGACAAUACUAAUUUCAAAAGAACGGUAGCACUUAGUGGUUUUUGUAUACAGGGUGUUUGUAAAUUGUUUUCAUAUACUAUAGGUAACUUGUAACAAUCAUUGGAGCAAUUUACCGACACGUUCUAAAUCGUAUAAUUAUUUUGUGUAGUUAUGAGCUGAUGAAAUGGUGCGUAAUUUGUUACAUAAGUAAUUUAUAAUUCCUGUAACAAAGUAGAAUCCAUUGGUGUCAUUCCAUCUAAACAGUAAGCAAUUGUUUUCGCUAAAAUUCGCCAGUACAUUCUCGAAAGGUAGUAUCCAAUCUGUAGAUAUUGUAUCUCACCAUUAAUAAGUAGAGUACAUGCAAAUCAAUAUAAAAUAAAGCAAUAUUUCUAUUUUGCAGGUUUGUAAUACACUACUAGUAAUAAUGCUUUAUUUUUUUAACCAAUUCACUGAAGCAGUUUCAUUCGUGCCAACGUAAAAAAUCUUUCACAUUGUUAGGACCAGUACAGUUGAAUGAAAACAGGGUUUAAUCGUCAAAAAAAGUUUAUAUCAACAAGACUGCUUAGAGAAUGACAUUAGGGAGGUAUACAGACAAAGGGCUCUGUCCCCAUUGUUACGCUUAAUAUCUGAGUUCAAAUAUAAUUACUCAUCAGUUGUGAAGAUGGUAAAAUAAAUUGA